AUGUCGCCACAAUGCAGUUCUGUGCCAACAAGCUGGACAAGAAAGAUUUCUUUGGGAAGUCCGACCCGUUCCUGGUGUUCUACAGAAGCAACGAGGAUGGAACGUUCACCAUCUGCCACAAGACCGAGGUCAUGAAGAACACCCUAAACCCAGUGUGGCAAACUUUCUCCAUUCCUGUGAGAGCCCUCUGCAACGGGGACUAUGAUCGGACCAUCAAGGUGGAGGUGUACGACUGGGAUCGAGAUGGCAGGUAAGCAGGCCGAAGGGCACAGGGGGACAAGGA